AUGAAGGAUGAAGCGCAUCUGGAACGGCAACACACGAACGCAACAUCUAAGAGGAGAACUAAUGAGAUAAAAACCAAAAGGGCGGCUGGAUUUGCAGCGCGCCUCCCCAAACGAAAAUCGACGGCCCCCCACGCAUGCAGAACAGUGAGCUCUGAUCUUCCAUGGCUGCCCCCAGCCAGUCCAACCAACUCGUUCGAAACGGACUGGAAAGCUGAGAGCGAACGAAACGUUCGAAUUGAAAGAGAUGCAAAUGGGAAAGGCCAAAAGGGGAACAUAAGGGAAAAUUCAGUAAAGGGCAAAAUCGACAAUUGUCUGUACUGUUAG